UUACCGUUGGGAUAAGCCUGGGCUCCCUUUGACAAUUUGUUGCAUUAAAUUGAUUUCUGUAAUCGCGGAGCGAUUCUGUCUUCCGUUUGGAUAACUCGAUUGCUAUCAGUCUGUCAUUGUUGAAGCCGAUGUUAGAAGCAAUCAUGCAGGAUGAAGAAAACUCCCCAGCCUCUCUAGUAGAGAGCAUGAGCAACAGUGAAGACGAAGUGGACCGGCAGCAGAAGAGAUGUACCAGAAAGAGGCGACCAAGCAGGAAAUCGGGAGAGGAAACAGACAGCCCAGCGUCAGGGAAAAAGGGAAAGAAGUCAGAUGGGAGCCCUCAGUCCUUUGAAGAACUGCAAACCCAGAGGGUCAUGGCCAAUGUAAGGGAGCGUCAGAGAACUCAAUCCCUCAACGAAGCCUUCGCUGCCUUGCGGAAAAUCAUCCCAACCCUCCCAUCAGAUAAACUGAGCAAAAUUCAGACCCUGAAGCUUGCGUCUAGGUACAUUGACUUUCUUUACCAGGUCUUACAAAGCGACGAGUUGGACAACAAAAUGUCGAGCUGCAGUUAUGUGGCACACGAGAGACUCAGUUACGCGUUCUCAGUGUGGAGGAUGGAGGGCGCCUGGUCCAUGUCCGCCUCGCACUAGCAGAUAUCAAUCAGACAAAAAAGGUGAAAAAGAUUUACCACAAAGAGACAGCGAGUGGACAAACAGCAGAGUCUGACGUCUGGAUACUUACACAACUUGAUCCUUGCCAUUGAUGGAUAAUGAAAGAAAAGAUUUUUUUUCGAAAAAAAACACACAAAAAACUAUUGGAGAGGGCGUGGGGGGAGCACUUACAGAAAGCGAGUCAUGGACCGUUGAUCAUCCAAUUGUGCGGCUAUACAAUCAUUGUACAUCUUUCUGAGGUGUAUUUUGCCUUAUGCAACAUAUUAUCUUGACGACGAAUGUUGUUGGAACUCAUUCCUUCCUUUACUAUGCAUGCCUUCAACAAUCAUGUCUAUAUCUGCUAUUGAGGACGCAGGAAAGUUCGAUUAUUUUCUAUUCUUCCCCAAAACCACUUCGGUGAACAGUUCUAAAUGACAAUGCAUUUAUUAAAAAAAAGGACCAAACUGUUAUACAAAAUCCAGUUGGUUAGUUUCUCUUCUCUCGAGAGACAUUUAUUUAUUUAUUGAUGUGCCAUGUCUUAAUGCAUAUAGAUCUGGUGUCUAAAUGCACACAUAUUUUUGUGAUUGUUUUGUAAAUGUCUUUGUAUAUUUUUCUGCAAUAAAUACAUAUGAUCUGAACUUUAAA